GUAUGGGACGGCGCCAAGCCUGGCCAGUGCCAUGCAACGGCAACUAACCAGCUUCAAAAUGUUAGCUAUGUCGAUACAGCGCAUUUUGGGGCAAGGCUUCCCGGUAUGACCUUGUGGAUAAAUCAAUCAAUGGCGCCCCGAAAUCAUGAGCGGGGCUAGCACGGCUUGAAAACGUUUGGAAAGGAGCAUUGUGUCAGCAUUGUGUUAAGAUUGGAGGUCUUGAUCUUGUAUGUGAAGCAAGCUGCUCCACAGUAAGUAUGCAAGGGCUGAGGGGCCGAUGAUAUGAGUGGAGCCUCUGGACGGGGCCAGACUUUUCGACCCGCGCGCACUGGACUAAAGAGAUGGACGAAAGUCCACUGAAGAGCAUAAAGACUGCUGUCGCAGUUGUUGAAGACUAUGUACGCGAGGCUGUUAGCAGGAAAGGACGCUGGCGGCUAAGUUCUCUUGACACACACCUGGAGCAGCACGGGCUGCAUGCAUUUACAGGGGGGUUUGCCAAACAGUUUGCGAAGAGAACCCUCGAGAAGGUUCUGCAGCAGAAUCCACCAGCACCAGAAGAGGAAGUUCUAGUAGUACAGCGACUACUUUUUGAGAUGGAGGAUGAGAAAGAUCAUGCUCGUAUGAAGCGUGCAAGACAACGGACGAAAAAAACCGUGCACUAUGCCGGUUCCCAUUUUGAUGGGUGCUCAAUUCAGACGGCCAAUGGGCGGGCCGCUCAAGCAGCACCCCCUCAGGAAUACGAGGACGAAGGCGUCCCAUGGGCAGGCCCGGCUGCAGCACCGCCUCUCCUCCUUCCGGCGAAGCGAGCGUUGGAGGAGCAGGACUGCAACAUCCUGAUGGGGCGGUUCGAAAGGCAGGGGGGGUCGCCCAACCUCGGCAGCCAGUCGUCAAGCCCUCCCUCGUGGCGCAUCAAAGACUCCAUACAAGUCAACGAGAAAAGAGAAAAGGUGCAUGCUCAAUACAAGAUUCCGGGACUUCAGCAGUCAUUCCAGCAGGAGCAGCCCUUUGUGCAGACCAAUCCUCUCUUUGCGCCGGGGGCGGGGUUGUCUACCGGAAGCCCCAUGCGUCUGCACGAGAAGGUUCUUCAUCGAAGCAGGAAAGAAAUGGGCCUGCGGCCAUUCUGGGCCGGCACUUCCACUCUUCCUCCGACCUCGGCUGAGAAGAGGAGGCGGACAGGGAUAGGGAAAGAAGUGCGCUUCGAGUUGCCGCAUGACUCUCCGAUCAAGGGCAAUGCCGCCCAAGACAGCCAGGACGCAGUUUGGGCCACCACCAGGCGAGAGGCCACGGACCCUGCGCACGACCAGACGUCUUCCCCUGACUCGCCCACCUGGACCUCAAGCCGUCUUCUGCAAAGUCUUUCACAACGACUCGCUGACUUACCACACCGUUCCGGCAUUGGGCGCGGGAGGUUGUCCAGCUUGGCAGAGCAUGACGGGCCAACCGACGGCGCCGGAGAAAUUGAGGUCGCCAACGACGGCGUAGAGCAUGGCAAGCGGGGUGUGCGUGAAGUCUACACCCUGUCUACCACCGAACGCCUCGACAAGCUCGUCAUUGAGGGUCGUCCGGAGAAAAGCCGCUGGGUAACUGAACAAAGAACGAGCUCCACUAACGAGCAGCGGAAGAUCCAGGGGUUCAACCUUGGAAGCGCAGGCUACGACCUGGCUGAGAACGAUACCGCCGACGUCGCGAUGGCCAAGGGCUCCCUGAGGAGCGGUGCAACAACCGCCGAGUUGCCUGAGUUAGAUGGGGACCUGCAGACCAGAUCGAGCUGCAAUCAGGUCUCCCGGGAGCUGGCAAAAAGGGCUUCUUCAAAUCCCAUCCAAGCGGACGUCAUCCAGAAACCUUUCAUGAAACAGAUCAACUUUGAGGCUCACACCUCUAGCCCCGUGGUGGACCCGAGGACGCUCAUCGCCACAUUCCUGGCCACCAGCCCCGACUGCGCCGUCAAGACGGGCCCCCACGACAGCCUCAUUCGACACGCGGUCGACGCCAGCGCUUCCCGGACACCGCCUCCGCCCCAUCGCCCCUUUACCUCGGUGCUCGACGUGGGUCCUCGGUGGUCAGUGCCCGCUGAGGAGCCCCCAGAUGCAGCUACAACUACGGAUGAGAGCAAAGAGCGCGCUUCUACAAACACGGUUGCAGCUUCGAGCAAGGACAGGCCGACCAGCCAGACCCAGCAGGCCACAAUUGCUCCGCCCAGCAUCCCGCUAGGCGCACCCCCCCCAUCUCGACUGAAACUCCCAGCGCCGCGAGUAACGCGCCCUCCGCUGACGGGGACCCCUGCAAAACUCAGAAGCAACCCCCAGAUUCCACGCGCAACAGCUGCGGUCCCCCAGCCUGGCUUCCUGGCGAUGACCAAGAACCCGUCCCUCGAAGGGCGGGGGAGAGGCGGCGGAGCAGCAGCCGGCCUGCCGGUGCGGGGCACACCAGUCGGGGGCCCUUCCCAAGACGCUAUGAAAGAACGACAGAUUUCGUCGCGAGUCGAGAAGAGUGCGAUCGCAACCGAGUCGGUGCAGAGAGGCCAAGCGGCGCAGCAGGAAACCAGCUGCAAUAUGCCAUCGACGACUUUGGAGGGGAGCCGAAUGCCGGGGCGUUGUGGAUCACCAGCGACGAGAAGAGUAUCUGAGAGCCGUUCCGCAGAUUUGCUGGAGUGGUGCGAAGACGCACCAGGCUUGCUUGAGGAGGAGGAGGUCACGUGGUAGACAGCAAAGGUGACCGCAGCAGAGACAGUGAAUGCAUCUGGAUUGUGGAGACCAUCUUGACCCGUCAAACGGCUGUUACAAGCUUUUCCAGUUACUUCGACGAGGCUGGGACCGCUUCGGCAGUCAGUUGUUUGUCCAACGCCCCAUCACGAAAGCUGUAAGUGGCACCUUACGAGAGAGAGGUUAACGCUGAACGAUCGUUGCUAGGUCUUUUUGGAUCUUAGGUGGUGAAAACUCGAACUGAGAUCCGGUUGGAUGUGCGCCUUAUAAUCACUGUCAGUUCACUCUCC